AUGUCCAACCACAGGUCCUCCCAUGAUGACCAGCCCCCGGAGCCUCACGACGUCGCGGAGCACCCCUCUCUCGUCUCGCGUUCCAUGUCCGACUCCGGGCGGCGCACCUCCCAACAACAUGUGCGCUUUUCUACAGACCUCGAACGAGCCCCGGUCGAUGAACGACAAGCAGGCUGGGACCGACGCCCCAGCUCGCGUGGCCUGACCAUGACCAUCAAUACGGCGCUGGCGCCUCCGACGGUUACAUCGCCUGCCCGCUCGCCUACCUCCCCUCUUUCGCCCAGGCGAUCGCGCUCGCGAAACCGUGGUUACUCUCUCCGCCGAUCGAUCUUCAAUAGGAAUAUUCAGACAACCUCCGAAACAGAUGUCGGCGAUGCAGAGCUAGGUGAAGCUAAGGGACCGAACCCUGUGCCGGAGGAUGGUCCAGCGCCGGCUUUAAUUGAGCAUGUGGUUAUCAACGACAAGGACGAAUUGACCAUUGCUCCGACUGCGACCGUCGGAUCUCUCAAGGAAACCUCGACCUACCCUUCGACCGACUCUUCAGAGCGCGCUUUUAUAGACUACUAUAUAUCUGCGCAGGACACAUGGGUAAAGAAAAAGGCUGCCACCGCGGCGAUUUGCAACCGAGUAGAGGCUGUCAUGACCGCCAUGCAGAGGGUUAUCUUGCGCAUCAAGGAUAUCCCACCUACGCAGGACGGACGCCACAUCGAUUUGAAUCCAUCAUCAGUGGAGAACUUGCUCGACGAGCGGACCGGCAAGCCUUACGUCGGCAACUGGAUUCGGUCGAGCCGCUACAGUUUCUGGAGUUUCUUUCCCCGGCAGCUGUUUGCCCAAUUCACGAAAAUGGCCAACUUCUAUUUUCUGAUUGUUGCGAUUCUGCAAAUGAUACCCGGCCUGAGUACUACUGGAACAUACACAACCAUUGUUCCGCUUUUGAUUUUCGUCGGUAUCUCGAUGGGUAAGGAAGGAUUCGAUGACUGGCGCCGGUAUCGUCUGGACAAGGAGGAGAACAAUCGAUUUGCAUGGGUGCUUCGGUGUAGCGAGGCCGGUCAACAAGUCUGGGUUGAGAUCAAAUGGCAGGAUAUUCGAGUUGGAGAUGUCAUUAAACUCGGACGAGAUGAGCCAGUACCGGCUGAUUUCGUUCUGCUGCAUGCAAAUGGGACCAAUGGCGUGGCCUAUAUCGAGACCAUGGCCUUGGAUGGAGAGACCAAUCUGAAAAACAAGCAGCCAUGUCAAGCAGUUUCGAAGGUCUGCUCUACAGUCGAGGACAUUACCAGUAACUCGCUUCAUUUCGUUGUGGAGGACCCGAACCUGGAUCUCUACAAAUUUGACGGUCAUGUCACUGUCAACGCCCAGGAGAAGCUGCCCUUGACCAAUAACGAAAUCGUCUACCGAGGAAGUAUUCUGCGCAACACCGACGAAACGAUCGGCAUGGUCAUUUACACUGGUGAAGAAUGCAAGAUCCGCAUGAACGCCAACAAAAACCCUCGAAUCAAGAAGCCCACACUGCAAUCGAAGGUGAACCACGUCGUGAUGCUGAUUGUGGGUCUCGUGGUUAUCCUGGCUGUUGUCUGCACCAUCUGCUACAAAUACUGGGAGCAAGAUGUGGGAAGCCGCUCUUGGUACUUGACAAACGCGAGCGUUAGUUACGGCCCGAUCUUUACCUCGUUCCUCAUCAUGUUCAAUACUAUGAUCCCUAUCUCACUCUAUGUGAGUAUGGAAAUUGUCAAGGUUGUUCAGAUGUUCCUUCUCAACGAUAUCGACAUGUACGACCCCAGAGACCGAUACUCCUCUCGAGGCCCGCACAUCCACCAUCAACGAAGAGCUGGGACAAAUUAG